AUGUGCACACGUAAGCACGCAGCUGCCACACUAACAGCCUUAAGGGCUGGGUCAGACACGCCAAAAGAAGUCCCUGAGCCCCACUAUCCUCAGGGAACCUCUCACUUGGUGCAAGACACUGACAAAAACAGCAGUAACUCCUGCUGGUGCAGGGGGCCAUUUGUGGCCCCAAGCAAUGUGGAAAAAUUGUCCACAUCGUCUCGAGUCACCUGCAUGACAUCCAGCUUGCAAGAUUGCAGCAGGCCAGUUCACUCCCAAGUCUAUUUGACUGGGGGUUACACAAAACCAUCAAACGGCAACUCCUGCCAGCACAGGGAGCCGUUUUUGAUCCCAAAAAAUGUGGAAAAAUCUUUCACAUGUCCAGCAUCGUCUCGCAUUAAACGCAAGACGUCCAGAUUGCAAUAUAGCAGCAAUCUGGUUCACUCCCUAGUCUAUGCGACUGGGAGUUGUCAUAAACAACCAAAUGACCAUUCCUGCUGGUGCAGGGAGCCGUUUGGAGUUCCAAAAAAUGUGGAAAAAUCGUCCACAUCUACGGAAUCGUCUCGCGUCAGCCGCGAGACGCCCAGCUUGCGAUAUAGCAGCAAGCCGGUUCACUCCCCAGUCUAUGCGACUGGUAGUUGUGCAAAUCGAUCAAACGACAACUCCUGCCAGCACAGGGAGCCAUUUGUGAUCGCAAAAAAUGUGGAAAAAACUUUCACAUUGUCUACAUCGUCUCACAUUAACUGUGAGACGUCCAGCCCGCAAAAUCGCAGCAUGCUGGUUCACUCCCCAGUCUAUGUGACUGGGAAUUGUGCAAAAUAA